CCACACUUUGCAGCUCUCGACGUCUGCCUUUGGAGCCUUGCCCUGCUGAGCCCGGGCUGCAUUGCCUGCUGCCCCACGUAUGUAUUGCUGUGGAACCAGCACUCCAGAUCCAUCCACUGACGGAUGAAUGGAUGCACAGCCUGGGGUAUACGUAUGCAGUGGAGUGUUUCUCAGCGUUAAAGAGGAGGGGAAUCCUGGCAUGUAUUUCAAUGUGGAUGAACCUUGAAGACAUUAUGUGAAGUGAAGUAAACGAGUCACAAACAAGACAAAUAUUGUACGAUUCCCCUUCUGUGAGGUCCUUGGAGUAGUCACGUUCGUAGAGACAGAAAGUAGAAUGGUGGCUGCCGGGGGCUGGGAUGAGACGUGCCUAGUUAGUGUUUAAGGGGGACACAGUCUCAAUCCGGGAAGAUGGAAAGUUCUGGAGAUGGAUGGUCGUGAGAGUUGCACAGCCAUGUGGUUGAGUGUACUAAAUACCACAGAACUGCACUCUUUAAAGCGGUUCAAAGGGUAGCUUUUAUGUGAAUGUACUUUUACCACACAAAAAUGUGUAGAGGCUUAGAAUCAGAAUUUCACAUUCUCUCUCCUGGUUCUGUGGGUUGACUGGGCUCAGCUGGGUGGUUCUUGCUUAGAGUUUCUCAUAUAGUUGUAGUCAGAUGGCGACCGAGGCCGGAUGUCCAGGAUGGCAUCUCAGUGUGGCUCCCCCACCCAGCUUGGGCUUCAUAUGAGGUGGCCCAGGGCUCCCACAAAGCAGGAAAGGCAGUGUCUGGGUCGUUUUCAGGCCUGUGGCUAGAAUUGUCACAGCAUUCCUUCUAUCACACUAGAUUGGUUUGAGCAGUGAUGGGCUCACCCAGAUCCAAGGGAAGGGGAAAUAGAGCCUCCUUGCUCCGUGGCAUUCCAGAAAAGCAUUAGAUGGGAGAUACUGUUGUGGCUAUCUUUGGAAAACUUCUAUCCUGAAGCAUGGUUGCAGGAGUCCUAAAGAGUUCGGAUAAGAAGGGGUCUUCAGGGAGGCACAUACUUGUCUGCAGACCUCUUUUGUAGGAGAAUUCAUAGAUUGUUAAGAGUUUGAAUCUUCAUAAAUUGUUCGGACUUGUAGAAGCCACUUGCUAGCAAUGACUUGUUCUAACUUACAGAGCCAGAAUGAAGCAGAGUGGGCACAAAACCUCCCAAGCACGGGCCCCCCGGCUUCCAGUCUGGCCAAACAGCUCUAGGGACCUCACCCAGAGGGACGUUUCUUGCUGUGAGCAAUGCAACACAUCUGAUUCAUAGACAAGACCACAAUCUGAUUCCAAAGAUGUGUUCUACAAACCCAGGCAACUGGGUCACAUUUGAUGAUGACCCUGCUUUUCAGUCUUCUCAGAAGUCAAAGAAUUUACCUCUGGAGAAUCAAGGCAUCUCUAGGCCCAAUGGACUUAAGCUGAACCUUUCUGGUGCUAAGGAAUUUCCCAGUGGAUCUUCCUCUGCCAACAGUACCCCCCUCUCCUCUCCCAUCAUAGACUUUUACUUUAGUCCAGGACCUCCAAGUAACUCUCCUCUCUCUACACCUACCAAGGACUUCCCAGGUUUUCCUGGCAUCCCCAAAGCAGGGACUCAUAUGCUUUAUCCUAUCCCAGAGUCAUCCUCAAACAGUCCACUUACAGCACAAGGAGCAGGCUCUUCCUUAUUGUCUGCUAAACCCACCUGUUUAUCCCAUGCUUCCUUACCCAGCGACCACUCGUGUACACAUCCAGCUCCCAAAGUGGGUCUUCCAGAUGAAGUUGGCCCUCCCCAGGCUGGAAGCCUAGGGUUGCAAAGUGACACCCCCCAGUUUCAGUAUUUUCGGGAGGACUGUGCUUUUUCAAGUCCGUUUUGGAAAGAGGAAGGCAGUGCUUCCCAGUUUGCCUUUGAUCCUUCAGGAAGCAGAAAGGUGUACCCCUCAAGAGACAAAGAGAUGCCUCUCGAUCAAAAAAGCUUAAAUCAGGGUUCACUUAACUACAUCUGUGAGAAGCUUGAACACCUCCAGUCAGCUGAGGACCAAGACUCGUAUGGAAAUAUGUCUGUGCAGAGUCUGCAUGCUGAAGACACUGCCUCUUCCUUUGUCCCCCACACGCUCUUCCGGAGUCAGCCAAAACCUGGAUGGUCUUUCAUGUUGAGAAUUCCUGAGAAGAAGAACAUGAUGUCUUCCCGUCAGUGGGGACCAAUUUUUCUGAAAGUCUUACCUGGUGGAAUCUUGCAAAUGUAUUACGAGAAAGGGUUAGAAAAACCUUUUAAGGAGUUACAGCUCGAUCCACAUUGCAGGCUUUCUGAACCCAAAGUUGAGAGCUUCAGUGUGGCAGGAAAAAUCCAUACUGUGAAGAUUGAACAUGUGUCUUACACAGAAAAAAGGAAAUACCACUCUAAGACAGAAGUAGUUCAUGAACCAGACGUCGAGCAGAUGCUAAAGUUAGGGUCCACAGAGUACCAUGAUUUCCUCGACUUCCUGACCACCGUGGAGGAGGAGCUGACCAAGCUGCCAGCUGCUUCAAAGCCGAAAAAGAACUACGAGGAACAAGAAAUUUCCCUGGAAAUCGUGGACAACUUUUGGGGGAAGAUCACUAAAGAAGAAGGAAAAUUGGUUGAAAGCGCUGUCAUAACUCAAAUCUGUUGCCUCUGUUUCAUGAAUGGGAACACAGAAUGCUUUUUAACCUUGAAUGACCUUGAGCUGCAGAAGCGAAAUGAACACUAUUUUGAAAAAGAGCCGGAAAAGAAGGGGAUUGAUAUUCUUGACCAUCAUUUUCAUCAGUGUGUGAAAACACAAGAAUUCGAGCAGUCGAGAACCAUUAAGUUUGUGCCGCUGGAUGCCUGCCGGUUUGAGCUGAUGCGUUUUAAGACUCCGUAUCAGGGGGCGGAUCUUCCCUUUUCCCUCAAGUCCGUGGUGGUUGUCCAGGGCGCGUAUGUGGAGCUGCAGGCCUUUGUCAACAUGGCCCCACUGGCUCAGAGACCAUCCUGUGCCAGCUCCUUGAGGUCCUGUGACAACAUCAUGAUACACUUUCCUGUCCCGUCACAGUGGAUCAAGGCCCUCUGGACCAUGAACCUCCAGAGGCAGAAGUCCCUGAAAGCCAAAAUGAACCGCCGGGCAUGUCUGGGGAAUUUACACGAACCCGAAUCUGAACCUAUUAUACAGGUCACGGUGGGGUCAGCAAAAUACGAGAGUGCCUACCGGGCCGUCGUAUGGAAGAUAGACCGGCUUCCUGAUAAAAAUUCAAGUUCUGAUCAUCCCCAUUGCUUGUCAUACAAACUAGAACUCGGAUCAGACCAAGAAAUUCCCUCUGAUUGGUAUCCGUUUGCUACUGUUCAGUUUGGAAUGCUGGACACCUGUGCCUCGAGGACAGAGGUCACGUCUCUGGGGGUGGAGAGUGAUGUCCAGCCACAGAAACAUGUUCAUCAGAGAGCUUGCUACAACAUUCAGGUCGAAAUAGAAAAGAAGAGGAUUAAAAUUGAUGGAGAAGACCCAGAUAAAGCUGGCGACUGCGUAACUCAGUAGGAUUAGUAAGAGUCAAUGAUGACCCACUUUUCAAAUGUGUAAUUCACAGAAACCGCACAAAGGUCUGCUUCUGUGUACUGGAAAUGACUUCUGAGUAGAGGGCUUAGGACAGGGCCAGUGGCCGUGUUCCGAGAAGUGAAGACCUGAAACCGAACAGUGCGUAUUUUAUGCACUCCAGGGGUUUCAUCUAAAAUGUGUCUACCAUUUGUAUGAUGUUUUUACUUCCCAUUAAAACUCAGAGUUUUAUGUGUUAUGAGACAGCCAGCUUGGAGAAAGGGUUUUGGAGUUUUAAUUACUCGGUGGCUGAGUGUUUUGCACUCUGGAUCACAUGGGGGCCACAUUUAUCAUCUUCCGGUCCCCAGCUCUUCUUGCUCUGUUAGCACCUCUCCUGGGGGGCGAGGCAGUCAAAGGGGAGACAUAAACCGAAAUACUCAGUCUUUCCUCUUGCUCAUCUCUGGAAUGUGGCUAGGUGUGGGGUGAUGCUGAAACCAUGGGCUAAAAUGGAGAUGUGGAUAUAUCUGAUUUUGAGUCAUUUAUCUUCCUGUGCUCUUACUACAUUGGUGAGUAAUCAUCGACUGUGUUUGGUACCUGUCUUUCCCCCAUGGUGUUAUCAUUUUCAAAAUGUGUUUGUAUUCUGGUGUGUGUUGCAAAGAAGCUAUUUCCGUGGAUAUACAUAUUUUAGUAUAAGUCACUAAGACAUACUGCCUUUUGCUUGGAGAGAUUCCUUUCAGAACGGAAUGGUAUUGGACACUAGUUAAAAUAUUUAUGUAUAUUAGAGAUGAAUUUUUAAAGUUCAUAAUAUUGUCUCCCAAAAGUACAGACUCUAAGAAUGUAUUUUUGAUAAAAGUAUUAUUUGUAAUUAACA